UUUUAUUUCAGUUGCGAGACAAUGUGAUAAUGGUAACCGUGGAGCACGUCGCGGCUUAUAACUUUGUUACAUUUGUCUUUUCGUUCAGCUUGUUUUGCUAUGGAUAUUUUCCAUUAUCAUUUUCCCCUGCUACAAAAUGUAGCGUUGAUGAUCUGCCACAAAGCAUUGGAAAUGAACGUUUCAGUGCGAUCAAUUACAAGCCACAUACUACUAGGGUCAUAUUCAUUGUGAUCGAUGCGCUGCGGAUGGAUUUUAUACAACAGGAGCAAAACUUUCGCUUUGUUAACAAACUUAUCGACGAAAACCAGGCAUGUCUGUACCGCCUACAAGUUCACCCACCGACAGUUACUAUGCCUAGGAUAAAAGCCCUCACGUCUGGGGCGCUACCCAGUUUUCUCGAUGUGGUUCUGAAUUUGGGCGGCUCCGAAAUGGAGUUGGAUACAUUUCUUUACCAAAUGACACAACGGCAACAGAAAAUUGUUUUUUACGGAGACAACACAUGGACACGCAUGUUUCCUAACAUGUUUCACCGAAAAGGAGAAAAUGCAGAUUCGUUAUUUGUGUAUGAUUUCCAUGAGGGCGAUCAAAACAUUACGAAUUCACUGAACGCAGAGCUUGAAGCGGACGAUUGGAGCUUAAUGGUACUACAUUACCUAGGACUUGACCACAUCGGUCACGUGGAAGGCCCGUUUAGUGAAAAAGUUCCCAAAAAACUACAAGAAAUGGACAAGGUUGUCGAGACUGUUUUUGCGGCAAUGAACAAAUGGGUAUGGUUCGUAUUUGUACUAUAAAAUCGCCUUGUUUAAGCUUGUUACGAUGUAAAUCUUUUCCCUGGCGGCUAACUCAGCAACAUCACACCAACCCUUUGGUGGUUCUUACUGGCGAUCAUGGAAUGCGAGAUUCUGGAGGACACGGUGGUUCAUCUA